ACUCGCCUGGAUGCUACUGUCUUCAGGUUUUCAUUGGUUGCCUCCAGCCGAGCCCCUCGUAACGCUGGUAACAGCGCCCGCCCACAAGUUGCCAGGCUACGAUUGGUCGGCGCGCCAAAGACUGAGAGCGAACGCCUCAGGGCAUUGGCCUGAGUCACGGCGAAUCUGGCGCCGCGGUUGGUGAACCUAGAGGUCAGUCAGAGUCAGAGGCAGGGUCAAAUAGGGAGAAAUGGCGACGGAGCCAAGCCGUGGGCCCCUCUUUGGAACAAGAUCUGGGUACGUUAGUCCAGCCUCCAGCCUCAACAUAGUUGGAGCUUGAGAGGCUGGGAGCCUUCUGUCCAGCAGCCUCAGAGAGAAAAUACUGGGACCUUGGCAUCUAGACAUCUCCCAUCCCCCCCAUGGCCCUGGCAAUGCUGAAUGAGCUCCUGAUUGAGGACCCAAGCCCACCUCUGCUGUUCUAUCAGGUUAGCAAGACUGCCCAGUUUGAUACCCUCCACUAUCAGAGCUGCUUCAUGCAGAGUGUCUUUGCCCACUUUCCUGAGAUCUUAUUUGUCCACCGGACCUAUAACCCAAGGGGCAAGGUGCUAUAUACUUUCCUGGUGGAUGGACCUCGGGUGCAGCUGGAGGAUCAUCUUACCCGGGCAGUCUACUUCGCCAUUCCUGCCAAGGAGGAUGCUGAGGGCUUGGCCCACAUGUUCCAGGUGUUCAAGAAGUUUAACCCAGCAUGGGAGAGAGUCUGUACCAUCCUGGUGGAUCCCCAUUUCCUCCCAGUGCCCACCCUUGCUAUGGAGUUCCCCGCAGCUGAGGUCCUGCUCUCCGCCUUCCACAUCUGUAAGUUCCUCCAGGGCAAGUUCUACCAGCUGUCCCUAGACCAGCCAGUGGAGAGGGCGCUCCUGAGCUCCCUGCAGAGCACAAUGUGCUCGGCCACAGCAGGAAACCUGAGGAAGCUGCAUACGCUCCUGAGCACCUGCAUCCCACCAGCCCAGCUGCCCGAGCUGCACUCGCACUGGCUGCUCAAUGACCGCAUCUGGCUGGCCCACCGCUGGAGAAGCACAGCCGAGAGCAGCCGCUACUUCCAGGGCCUGGAGGUCACCACCUGCAUCCUCAGCCAGUUCUUUGGCACCACCCCAUCUGCGGAAAAAGGCCUGACCGCGCUGCUACGAUACAUGCAGCACAACUCUGGGGACCAGGCAAGUUUCAGCCUGGGCCUGAGUCCCCAGAGCGAUCACACCCCCUCAGACGUCAGCGCCGAAAGCCCCAAAGUGGAGCAGUUGGUAGAAGCCCGUAUCCAGCACUCCCUUCAUGCCAUCUGCACGGGGCCAGCAGCGCAGCUUUGCCUGGGUGAGCUGGCCGUGGUCCAGAAAUCCAUGCACCUCAUUGGCUCUGGCUCAGAAAAGGUGAACAUACAGAUCCUGGAGGACACCCACAGGGUGCAGCCCCAGCCCCCGGCCAGCUGCAGCUGCUACUUUAACCAGGCCUUUCACCUGCCCUGCCGCCACAUCCUUGCCAUGCUCAGUGCCCGCCGCCAGGUGCUUCAGCCCGACAUGCUGCCAGCUCAGUGGACGGCAGGCUGUGCUGCCAGUCUCAGUGACAUCCUGGGCAGCGCGUGGAGUGAGACCCUGGAUAAGCACUUGGCCGUGGCCCUCCUCACGGAGGAGGUGGGUCAGCUCCUGCAGCACUGCAGCCAAGAGGAGUUUGAACGGCGGUACAGCACCCUGCGGGAGCUGGCUGACAGCUGGAUCGGCCCUUACGAGCAGGUCCAGCUCUGAUCCCCUCCGUGCCCAGAGGUGCUCAUACACUUUCCCGCUGUUGUACUUCCACGGUCUCUCCUUCCAGGGAAGAAGGACCAAGGCCUUUUAUCCCGCUGCAGCCUGCUACCCAAAAAGUGUCUAGUUCCUUAAUACAGGAGGCAGCAAACAUUUCUUGUAUAGGGCCCAAGGAUAAAUCGUCUAGACUUUGCUGGCCA